GUCCAUGUUUGUUUCAUGACUUGCCGAAAAAGAGUUCACAAUGCCGGAUCAUUUAGGUGCAGACCAAAGGAAAAUAAAGGACAAUAAGGAUGAGGAAGACAAACCAAUUCAAGCUUUGGAUGAAGGUGAUAUAGCACUCCUGAAAACUUACGGUGUUGGACAGUACAGUAAAUCUAUCAAGUCAUGUGAAGAAGACAUUCAGAACAUUAUGAAGAGGGUCAACGAGCUCUCAGGUAUCAAGGAAUCGGAUACAGGAUUAGCUCCUCCAGCCCUCUGGGAUCUGGCAGCUGACAAACAGACAUUACAGAGUGAGCAGCCUUUACAGGUGGCUAGGUGUACAAAAAUCAUCAAUGCUGAUUCUGAUGACCCUAAGUACAUCAUCAAUGUCAAGCAAUUUGCUAAAUUUGUGGUGGAUUUGGGUGACCAGGUGGCACCAACUGAUAUUGAGGAGGGAAUGAGGGUUGGUGUGGACAGGAAUAAGUACCAGAUACACAUACCACUACCCCCUAAAAUAGAUCCAUCGGUGACCAUGAUGCAGGUGGAGGAAAAACCAGAUGUGACAUACAGUGAUGUCGGUGGAUGUAAAGAACAGAUUGACAAACUGCGUGAGGUGGUAGAAACUCCUCUUUUACAUCCCGAGAAGUUUGUGAACCUUGGUAUUGAACCUCCAAAAGGAGUGUUGCUGUUUGGACCCCCUGGGACAGGGAAGACACUAUGUGCCCGAGCAGUGGCCAACAGAACAGAUGCCUGUUUCAUCCGAGUGAUAGGGUCAGAGCUGGUACAGAAAUAUGUGGGAGAAGGGGCAAGGAUGGUUCGAGAAUUAUUUGAGAUGGCUAGAUCAAAGAAAGCUUGCAUCAUAUUUUUUGAUGAAAUUGACGCCAUUGGAGGGGCACGGUUUGACGAUGGUGCGGGUGGAGACAAUGAGGUACAGAGAACCAUGUUGGAACUGAUCAAUCAGCUGGAUGGAUUUGAUCCUCGUGGAAACAUCAAAGUCCUAAUGGCCACUAAUAGACCUGAUACUCUUGACCCUGCUCUCAUGAGACCUGGACGUCUAGAUCGUAAGAUAGAGUUUGGUCUCCCAGAUUUAGAGGGAAGGUCACAUAUCUUCAAGAUCCAUGCUAGGUCUAUGAGUGUAGAAAAAGAUAUAAGAUAUGAACUUUUAGCAAGACUUUGUCCCAACAGUACAGGGGCUGAGAUUCGUAGUGUUUGUACAGAAGCUGGUAUGUUUGCUAUCAGAGCACGAAGGAAAAUGGCGACUGAAAAAGAUUUCUUAGAAGCUGUUAACAAAGUCAUCAAGGCCUAUGCCAAGUUCAGUGCCACACCAAGAUACAUGACAUACAAUUAAUGACAGCAUCUAGUGACAGAAAGUUGGCAGUAAUUCAUUUGGAGAUAUUUACUGUGGAAAAUCAAUAUUUGUCAGAAACUGUCAGAUCUGUCCUGGAAUCUCCUUACAAUCUUAGGGAACAUUUGGAAUUUCCUUGAAUAACAAUUUAUAUUGUCAUUGAAUAGUGCUAGAACAUUUGUUGAGUAAGAUAAACUUUUAUAUAAUAUUUCUGAAAGUUUUUCCAAUUUAGAGAAGUGUUUUCUCUCUCAUCAGAUUCUUGUUGUGAACUUUUGGACAUAUAUUGUAUAAGAUAAUUUUGAAAAGCGGAUGUUUUAUGUAAAACUGGAAAAAUGCUUAAUUAUAAUUUACUUUUAAAUUCAUAUCACCCCACAUAUACAUUGAAGAGAUGACAAAUUGCAUUUGGCAGAUGGUUGACAAGUUUACAGACUGCACAAUUUGCUAAUCAUUAUCAAAUUAGUUGCUAUCGAUUUAUAAGAUUCCUGCUCUGAGUGUAUAAGUGUGAUAGAAUGAACUUAUUUGCAUAUUUUUUGGAUAAAGUAGGUAAGUUAUUCAUGACAGAUGUGUGAAAGAAUGGGCAACUGAUAUGUAGUUCAGUAACUAAUAAAUUAAAGUUCUGAAAAAUCA